CUCCACACACGCCACCGCUAUUUAAAUUUCCUCCAAGUAUCGCAAAAGCAACGUCGCUCUAAUUCUCAAUCGUAUAACCUAGGGUUUUCCCAAUUCCGAAUUCCGAUUACUCGGAUCGAUCUCCGAUUGUUGCUAGGGUUAGGGUUGUUGUCGUUAACGAUGUCGCUGAGGCCGAAUGCUAGAACCGAGGUUCGCCGCAACCGCUACAAGGUGGCGGUGGACGCCGACGAGGGUCGCCGGAGGAGGGAGGACAACAUGGUGGAGAUCCGCAAGAGCAAGCGCGAAGAGAGCCUCCAGAAGAAGCGCCGCGAAGGCCUCCAAGCUCAGCAGCAGUUCCCCACUCCUCUCCAAGCCGCCUCCAUUGUCGAGAAAAAGUUAGAGAGCCUUCCUGCGAUGGUUGCUGGAGUGUGGUCCGAUGAUAACAGCCAGCAACUGGAAGCGACCACGCAGUUUCGGAAACUGCUUUCGAUCGAGCGCAGUCCUCCAAUUGAGGAAGUUAUUCAAGCUGGGGUUGUGCCUCGAUUUGUGGAGUUUCUUGUUAGGGAGGAUUUCCCUCAACUUCAGUUUGAGGCUGCGUGGGCUCUCACAAACAUAGCAUCUGGAACUUCUGAGAAUACCAAGGUGGUGAUUGAUCAUGGGGCAGUUCCGAUAUUUGUCAAGCUACUUAGUUCGCCCAGUGAUGAUGUUCGGGAGCAGGCAGUGUGGGCAUUGGGGAAUGUUGCUGGUGACUCUCCUAAGUGUCGUGAUCUUGUUCUCAGCCAUGGUGCCCUGAUCCCACUGUUGGCCCAGUUGAAUGAACAUGCAAAACUUUCAAUGUUGAGAAACGCAACAUGGACCCUGUCAAACUUCUGCAGGGGCAAGCCACAGCCUCCAUUUGAGCAGGUGAGGGCAGCGCUUCCUGCUCUAGAACGAUUGGUUUUUUCCAAUGAUGAAGAAGUCUUGACAGACGCAUGUUGGGCACUAUCAUAUCUUUCCGAUGGAACAAAUGACAAAAUCCAAGCCGUUAUUGAGGCUGGUGUGUGUCCCAGACUGGUGCAGCUCCUUCUGCACCCAUCCCCUUCAGUGCUGAUUCCUGCUCUUCGCACAGUGGGAAAUAUUGUGACAGGAGAUGAUAUGCAGACUCAGACUAUCAUCAAUCAUGGUGCGCUCCCAUGCCUCUUGAGCCUGUUGACACAUAAUCAUAAAAAAAGUAUCAAGAAAGAAGCUUGCUGGACCAUUUCAAACAUUACAGCUGGAAACAGAGAUCAGAUACAGGCUGUUGUUGAAGCUGGUUUGAUUGCCCCCCUUGUCAAUCUUCUUCAAAAUGCUGAGUUUGACAUUAAAAAAGAAGCUGCUUGGGCAAUCUCAAAUGCUACAUCUGGCGGUACCCAUGAGCAGAUCAAGUAUCUGGUGAGCCAGGGUUGCAUUAAGCCUCUCUGUGAUCUGCUUGUUUGCCCUGACCCAAGAAUCGUCACUGUCUGUUUAGAAGGACUUGAGAAUAUUCUGAAGGUUGGGGAAGCUGAGAAGAGCAUGGGUAACAGUGGAGAUGUCAACUUGUAUGCACAGAUGAUAGACGAAGCAGAGGGAUUGGAGAAAAUUGAAAACCUGCAGAGUCAUGACAACAAUGAAAUAUAUGAAAAAGCUGUUAAAAUUCUUGAGACAUAUUGGUUGGAAGACGAUGAUGAGACACUACCUACAGGCGAUGGUGCUCAACCUGGUUUUAAUUUUGGAAACAAUGAUGUUCCAGUUCCAUCUGGUGGAUUCAACUUUAGUUGAAGACUGUUGUGUGGGAACCUGGUUGGAUGGAGCUGGGUUGAUGCUAGGGUGACUGUCGGAGUCGAGUCUGGGUGGGGUGGGGAGUUGGGGGUUUGGGUGGGUGAGUGAGUUCGGUCCUUGCACCUCAUGGUGUCUGUCUGGUUUAAGUCUGGUCUUGUGUCCGUGGCUAACGGGGUGCAGGGACGGGUCAGUUUAACUACCAUGUCCAAAUAAGAAGGGUGGUGGUGGGUGGGUUCAACAGCAGCAUAAUGACCUUGUUAGAAGUUUAUGUUGUGUUUAAAGUAUAUAUAUUUGCUGGGCAUAACUAUGGGGAGGUUCUAUGUUGCAGUAGCAGAGACCAUAUUAUGUGGCAGUGGAUGGGUUUUCUUGAAUGCGGCUUUUGAGUCCUAUUAUUUAUUGAGUCGUAGUUGUAUUGGUAAUUUAUACAGAGUCGGUAUUUGAUUUGAGUGAAUACAGUAUCCAGAAACCAAUUUUAUGGUGUAUUCAAAUGAAAAGAAUUAGCGCUAUUUUUUGUGCUUACAUAUA